AUGGUCGAUUGUCUUUCAUGGCAUAGUUGCUAUGGAGGUUUACGUUUAUCUAAAUAUAAUUCAAAGGAAAAACGACAUAUAUCAAAAAAAUAUGUUGAUCAACAAUAUUAUAUGCAAAAACAAAUUCAGAACAAUAUCAAUAAUAAAAGUAAUUUCAGUUGUGUAAGUAGUGAUACACAUUCACCAAAGACACAACGUAAUACUAACAAUAAUAAUAAUAUAUCACCACAACCAACCGAUGAACAAAAUACUUUACUUCAAUUUUAUAUAGUUAAUGUAAGUCGUGAACGAAAUCUUCAUUUAAGUACUUGUUCAUAUGAUAAACGUUUACUAAUUUUUUUCAAUAUUUCAAAUGGAUUACAUAAACUGGGUGUUCGAAAUGGAGAUAUUUUAAUAUUUCUCAAUCAAUAUAAUAUUCUUCAACCACCAAUAGCAUUAACAAUUGAUCGUGUUAAAUCAGAAUUUUCUGCAUUACGUCGAAAAAAUAAAUUAAUUCAAAUAGGCAUAUGUCGUAGUUUAGAUCAAUCUUUAUAUAAUAAUACAACAAUAAAACAUUUAAGUACAUUAACAUUUAAUGAAUUUGAAAAUCUAUCACAAAAUGAAGAAUUUAUUACUACUAAUGAAAAAUCAUCAAUAAAUAUUGAGUCAAAAAAACUUUUAAAUUUAUUUUCAACUAAAAGAAAAUCAAUAACAAUUCAAAAACGAAAUUCGAAUUCUUAUAGAGAUAGUGGUUUUGUUGAAACAGAUGUUGAUCAUAGUCUUAUUUCAAAUUCAAAUAAAUAUCGAAGUAAAACAUCACCAGAACAAAGUGAAGAAGAUGAUUCAAUGGUUACACAAAAAUCAUUUGAUUUAUCUGAUGAACAAUCAAUUAAAAAGAAAACAAAGACAUCAGUAGUAGAUCAAGUUAAAAUUCAAUCAGGCAAACAAUCAAGUAGAAUUUCUUCACGUCAAUUACUCAAUAAAUAUCGUCAAUCUCAAAAUAAUUUACCUACAGAAAUUUUAACCGAUGGAUGUUUUAUAUAUCGUCGUCAAAUAAUAAAAAAACCAACUUCAAAUGCUGUAAUCCUUCGUGGUCGUGAAAUUGCAUAUCAAGCAGCUAAUUCUCCAACAAUACCAUCAUCAAUGCCAAAUUAUACAGAUGAUCAAAUUCGAGAAUUAUAUGGUGAAUUAGAUAAAAAUACACGUCGUUUACAAGAAAAUGAAUAUAUUUUUCAUACACCAAUGAUAGAUGCAUGGAAUGAAAAAUCUUCAUCUAAUCAAAAUCAAUUAUUAGAUAAAUGUCCUUUACCAAAAUUUCAUAUUGAUAAAAAUAAUCAAACAAUUCUUAUGACAACAUAUUUAUCAACAGGUUUAAGUAAUCCACGAAUAAUAUCAAAUGAUAAAGAAACAAUUCGAGGUAGUUUUCGUACAUCAAUUGCUGAUCGUACAACAAUUAGUCCAUCACCAAUUUUACUUAAUGUUGAUUUUGAUUAUAAUAAACUUACAACAAUAUCAACAGAUUUAAAUGAUCAAUCAGCUUUCUUAGAAGAUAGUCAACAAAAAACAUCUAUCAAUUCAAUUGACAAACAAUCUGAAAUAAUUGAUUCAGCUUUAUCAUCAUUUGAUUUACACACUACAGAUCAUCAUUCUUCACCACAACAUUUUAAUGAAGAAUCAAUUGCAUUGAUAAAUAAUGUAAAUUCAAUAGCACCAAAAAUCAUAUCAUCACCAAUAAAGACUUCUGAAACGAUGGAUAUUGAUAGUUUAAUUGAUCUUGAUGAUGAAACAACAAUUUCUUAUAAUACAGCUGAAGAAUUUCGUAUGGAAACAGAUCCUGAUUCAAUAUUAUCUAAUAAAAAUAAUGAAAGAACAAAUAUUCAUCAUUGUCAAUCAAUCAAUACAGAUGCAUUAUUUACACAUAAUGAUUAUUUAAAUAUUAUAAAAUCAUCAGAAAAUAAUUCUUCUUAUGAUCCAUUUAUGCCAUCUAUUGAAAAAAAUCAACAAAAUAUUUUUACAGAUAAUUAUCAAUCAUCAUCAACAAUUAAUAUCGAUCAUUUAAUAAUAAAAGAUAAAGAUAUAGAUAAAAAUUCAUCUAUUUAUAAUCUUAUUAAAAUAAUUUAUGAUAUCAAUCAAAAACAAUCUGAUCAUUCACCUAUUAUCUUCCAUCAUACGAAAACACAAACUGAAAAAGAAUCAAAAAUUAAUGAAAAAUAUUCGAAUAUCAAAAUGUUAACAGAUAAUCAAAAUAAAUUGAUAAAAGUUAAUAAUUCAAAUGUUGUAAUCGAUCAAUCUUUGUCAGUUACAUCUCAAGAAUUAACUGAUAAAUCAGUUAAUGAAUUUAAUAAUUUAGAAGCUAUUAUUCAUAAAGUUGAAUCAUUAAUUAAACAAUCUAUUGAACCUGAACAAAAUUUAAAUAUACUACAAACAAAUCUUUCAUCUAUUAAUAAUCUAUCUCAAAUAUUUAAUGAUUCUUUUUUAAAAAAUCAAAAUGAUGAUGAUGAUGAUGAUCAUGAUCAUCAUCAAUUAUUAAUUAAUGACGAAAAUAAUUAUCAUCAAAAAAUAAAUGAUAUUGAUGAAGAUUUUGAAGAAUUAUAUCAACACUAUGUAACUGAUCUUAAUCAAUAUCAAACUAAGAUACAACAUAUUGAUAAAUUUGAACAAAAUCAACAUAUAUUAACACCUAUUACUGAAGAAUCAAUAACAUUAGUUGAACGUAGUAAUGAUGAUAAAAUUAUAAAAAUCAAUGAUAAUGAACAAUAUUGUUUAUUAUUAACUGUACAACGUCAAUCAAAUCAUAUUGGACAUUAUGGAUUUGAAUUAGAACAAACAAUAAAUGAAAAAAUAAUAAUUUCUUCAAUUAUUGAUUCAAAUUAUUGUCCACAUUUAAAUAUAGGUGAUGAAAUUAUUUCUAUAAAUCAUAAUUCAACAUUAAUAACACUUGAACAAUGUCAUUUAUUAUUUCAUUCAUUAUGGUAUAAUCAAUGUGAAUAUGUACAAAUCGUUGUUAAUAAACCAAUCUAUACUUCAAUAAUACCAAUGUCGGAAUCGAUGUCAUUGCAAUCAAGUUCUCUAUCAUGGCCAUUAUCCAUAGCUGAAUCAGGUAAAAUAAUUGCGGUUUUUUUCUAA